ACAUGCUGGUUGUGUUUGUGCAACACUGUAAUCUUUGCAUGUGUCGUUUUAAAUAAUAAUAGCAGUCAUUUGAUAGUUCUAUGUGUGAUUUUGUCUAAGAGACCCAGCUUUUGUUUUGAUAGCAGGUAUAGAGGAUAUCUACCUGGACUGAAUUUUGUCAUAUUAUGUUUGAAAUGUUGAAAUGAAACAGGAGUUUAAUGUCAUGAUUAUGAUAUUGAAACUGCAUGAGUGCUGUCGCUGACAUGACUUAGCUGGACUGAACCACUUAAAAUCUCAACGCUCCAUACAUGAAGAAUGGCUGAACAUCAGGUCGAAGAUCCAAAGAUUGCAUUUGCAUAUCUCCGUCCAUCCUGUGUCCUCCUUACCAAAGAACCUACGACUGCUAACGUAGAAGCUCUUAGCGGUCAUCUCCGCAGUAUAAGCGAUGGAGCUCUCCAACAGCUCCAGGACUAUGUUCUGUUUCCCCUCAGAUUUGUCCUUAAAACUCCCGGCUCCAAGCGGGAGGGACUCAUCCAGGCGGUCAUGGAAGCUAUGACGUAUGUGCUGGAGAACACAUGCGUUCAGAGUUGGGAUUCUCUGCGGGAUCUCUUCUCCGAGCUGUGCCUUUGUCUUUGUUCUCCAAAAGACCCCGGAAAACCCGCCAAAACGUCUGAGGAAAUAAAGCUGGCUGUCCUUAGAUGCCUGGACGCCCUUAUGCACUCUGCCUACGGUGACAUUGUUUUUAAACUCUACGAGCCAAGCAUGUUGCCUGGACUUGGAGCCGCUGUGUCGCUACUUCUGGCACUUGCAGAGCAUGAAAAAGCCAGAAGAGUUCAAACGGCUUCUCUUAAAUGUCUCCUUUCGUUGUUUCACCAGUGCAACUGUGAAGAGGAACACAUUGAGCCGGGACAAGAUGAGAGAUAUCUACUCGGACGCACCCUAGCCACUUUUUUACCUGGGAUUUCUCAAGCCCUGAGUCACGUAAUAAGUGGAGACGUAAGACAAGGCCAUGCAGUUACAGUGAAGGCCAUGAGGGUUUGGUACAAAGCGGUUGGUCUGGUAAUGGCUGAUGAGCAGCUUCAGAAGACAGACAAUGAUGUGGCAGCUGGUGAUCUGGGAAGGAUUGCGGAGCUUGUUGUAAAAAGGACUCCAUCCUGGCGGAAAGCCACAUCCCAACGCCUUGCUAUGGUCUUACAGAAGAUCAUUUCUUGCACAUCUGCCCACCCGCACUGGAGAGUAAGACUUGAGUUGGUCAAUCUAUCCCAUUUCCUCCUUUCUCAGUGCAGCCAGUCUGUGGGUGAAUGUGUCGGUCCUCUAUUGGAAGCAUUGGUAGGCGCCAUCAACGAUGAGGAGCCUGAGGUUAAGGACAGGUGCAGUGCAGCACUGGAUGAGGUGGCACAUAAAGGUCAGGACUUCACUGAUAUUCUAUCCGAAAACCUCCACAACUUGGCGUCAUCCUUACCUAGACUCAUGAGAACGUCCGAUGACCAGCGCAAGCUCUUUGUUCUUAACGUGUUCCUUGGGUACCUCAAGAUUCUGGGGCCCAAAGUGGAUGUGGUACUAACGUCAGCAGUACAUCUUGAGCGUAUCUCCAAAGCGCUGAUGCAGGUGAUGGAGCUGGACGUAACUGAUGUGAAGAUCAUUGAGGAGAGAACUCUAACAUCUUCAAAAGACUUGAGACCUGACGUGCACCAAAUCCCAUCCCAGAGGAAAUACUUCCUCUACUUCACAGACGACAAGAUAUUCUCAGCACUAAGGAAGAUAUGCCGCAUGUUGGGAUAUUAUGGAAACCUCUACCUUCUUGUUGACCGCUUCAUGGAAUUGUACAAGGAGUCUUUGUUUUAUAGAAAGCAAGCUGCUUUGGUCCUCAACGAGAUUGUUGUUGGUGCCGCAGGCAUUGGCGUAGAGACGGACAGUUCGAGGAUCGAUUGUUCCGGAGCAAAUCAAGACGACUUGAAAUCUUCAAUCACGUCCAUCAUUGAGGAGUACAUCAGUUUGGGCAACUGGCAUCUCCCUACAGUCUCUGAAGCCUUGGAAGGGAAACUUGAGUCUGCAACCUCCUUGGUUCCCAACAGUCUAGAACAAAAUUGUCUGCAACUGCUUCCAGCAUCCAAAACUCCAACGCUCCACCAACUCAACAGCAACAUCUGGCAAAUCUGUAUCCAGCUGGAAGGCAUUGGAGGCUUCGCCCUAGCUUUAGGCAUUGAUUUCCGUCUGCUUCUAAUGACGUCACUAUACCCUGUCCUGGAGAAGGCCGGAGACGAGUCGCUUCUCGUCAGCCAAGCGGCUUUUAGCGCCAUGUGCGACCUUUGCAAGGCUUGUGAUUACAGUUCACCCAAAGAGCUGGUCAUCAAGAACUCAGACUAUCUUCUCAAUGAUGUUUCUUUAAACCUAACCAGACCCAGGAUUCACCCUCAUGCUCCGCGGGUUCUUGCGGUCAUGUUUACUCACUCGGAUGCCAGUCUGCUGCCUCUAGUGGUCGAUGUGGUGCAGGACGUGUUAACGGCACUGGAUCUCAGCUAUGACCAGAGAGCGCCACAGUUCUGUAGUGUGCUACACUCACUCAUGAAAGCACUUGUGAGAUGGUUCCCCGCUACUAUGGGACGCCAGAAGACACCCAAAAAAGAGACCCAGAAUAAAGAGUGUGUGAACUUGAGGCAGUUUCUCUUGGACUAUAAGAAGCAGAAGGAGCUAGCAGAAGGCGUUGGUGUAGAGGAGGAAGAUCCUAAUGAUUUAGAUGGUCCUCCACCAGCUUCUGAUGAGGACACGGAUGGUCCUGCAGAGAAAAAGGAGCUUCCUCUACACAUCCAGAUUGCAAAAGACGUGAUGGAACGAUGCAUACACCUGCUCUCCGACUCCAACCUGAGAAUCCGGCUCAAGGUGUUGGACAUCCUGGAAUUGUGUGUGUUUGUUUUAUGUGAGUGCGAGGACGAGCUGCUUCCCAUGGUGCACCGGUGCUGGCCUGCUCUCCUCCAUCGUCUCACCAAUGAUGACCCUCUUGCUGUACCGCGAGCAUUCAAGGUGUUGUGUGUUCUGGGCGAGUCGUGUGGAGAUUUCCUGAGGAAACGUGUGUCUAAGGAGGUUCUGCCCCGUCUCACCUCCUCUCUGGUGAAGCAGGCGGAGGUCAGCGCUCGCUCCGGGCCCGUCUACACACACACGCUGGCUUACAAACUCCAGCUCGCCGUGCUGCAGGGUCUCGGACCUCUGUGUGUGAAACUGGACCUGAUGGAGGCGGAUCUGGAUCGAGUGAUUGACGCCUGUCUUCCGUACCUGAGCUGCCGACAGCCAAUCAAGCUGCAGGAGGCGUGUCUCAGUGUGUUUCGCUCACUGAUGGAUCUGGACGCUGAUCUGUGCUGGUUCAGUCUGAAUGAGCUGUGCUGUCCCGUCAUGUACGAGCCGCCUCAUCCUGAUCUGCUGCCCGUGACGCUGACUGGAUCAGACAAGCCCAGAAACCAAUUCACAGACAACGUCCUCAAAUUACUGCAGGAGUUUGAUCCCCCGCAGGAACAGGAUGCCACAUAACAGGGUUUCAUACAUAUGAACGCUAGAUUUGAGACGAUGAAUGUUUAUAGGAUGCUGAUCUUCCUUGGCGACAUAUUUGACUGGAAAAACUUUUGGAUGAGGCUGAAAAGACUUUUUCAUAUGAUGCAAAUAGUUAUAUCUACAAUAGAACAAACUGUUAUUCCUUACACAAAAAAAAAAUACAAAAAUGUAUAUGUAGAUAAUUUUUUUCUAAUAAAAUUCCAUGUUUGGAAUUAUUAACAAGUUAUUGUUACUUCUCUAAAAUAAAAAAUAAUAAUAUAGGAUCUUUCAGAAUCAUAAUUUUUUUUUUGGAUGACAUUUGUGGUUUAUAUCAAAUACUACAGUUUUACUGUAAUAAUUAUCUGGUAUUAUGGCAGAAAGCAAUCAGUAACAUUAUAGAGGUUUGUUUGUGUUAUGCCUGUUUGUACAAUACAAAAUUAAUUUUAUUUUACAUUAU